AAGAUUUUAGAUUUCACAAUUGCGAUUCUGAUUAUGCUCUGAUCAAAGACACCAUCUUUCAUGUCUUGAGCUCUGUCUGAUCAAAGACACUAUCUUUCAUGUCAUAGGAACUUCUAAUUUUUGGGUCCUUUUCCAUCAAAAAGUGAAUUGGGUUUUCUUCAAAUCGCCAGAUUUUGUUGUUACUCAGAGGAAUUGAAUCUGUUCAUUUUGGCUUGUUUAGAAUUUGACUAAAGUUUGUGAACUAAUCUGAUUGAUGGCAGCUGAUGUAAUGGAUCAGAAGAAAAGAAACAUGACAAAGAAAACGAGGAGAUUGGGGAAAUAUGAGGUUGGUCGCACCAUAGGUGAAGGCAAUUUCGCUAAGGUUAAGUUUGCGAGGAACACAGAGACCGGAGAAAACGUUGCCAUUAAAAUCAUGGCUAAGAGUACUAUACUUAAGAACAGGAUGGUUGAUCAGAUAAAAAGAGAGAUAUCUAUAAUGAAGAUUGUACGACACCCUAAUAUAGUCAGGUUGUAUGAGGUCUUGGCGAGUCCUUCGAAAAUAUAUAUUGUUUUGGAGUUUGUGACUGGAGGAGAGCUUUUUGAUAGGAUUGUUCAUAAUGGGAGACUUGAAGAAAGUGAGGCUCGCAAAUACUUUCAACAGCUUAUAGAUGCUAUUGCGCAUUGUCACUGCAAGGGUGUUUACCACCGUGACCUCAAACCAGAAAAUCUUUUACUCGAUAACAAUGGUAACCUGAAGGUUUCGGAUUUUGGGCUCAGUGCAUUGCCUCAACAAGGAGUUGAACUUCUGCGCACCACGUGUGGAACUCCUAACUAUGCAGCUCCAGAGGUACUUAAUGGCCAAGGUUACGAUGGUUCAGCAGCAGAUAUUUGGUCUUGUGGGGUUAUCCUUUUCGUCAUUAUGGCUGGAUUUUUACCCUUUUCUGAGACAGAUCUUCCAUCUUUGUACAGAAAAAUUGGUGCAGCAGAGUUUUCUUGUCCACAGUGGUUCUCUACAGACGUGAAGUCUUUAAUACAUAGGAUACUUGACCCCAAUCCCAAAACACGUAUUCAAAUUCAAGGAAUUAGGAAUGAUCGGUGGUUCAGAAUAAAUUACAUGCCUACUCGAGCAAAGGAAGAGGGAGAAGUGAAUCUGGACGAUGUUCGUGCAGUUUUUGAUGGAAUUGAGGGAAGUUAUGUAGCGGAGAAUAUAGAGAGAAGAUAUGAGGGACCCUUGAUGAUGAAUGCCUUUGAGAUGAUUACCUUAUCACAAGGCUUAAACCUAUCAGCACUAUUUGACAGGCGACAGGAUUUUGUUAAAAGGCAAACCCGGUUUGUUUCUCGAAGGGAGCCUAGUGUAAUAAUUGCUAAUAUUGAGGCUGUUGCGACCUCAAUGGGUUUCAGGGCUCAUACGCGCAACUUCAAGACAAGGCUCGAAGGGUUAUCUUCAAUCAAGGCAGGGCAAUUUGCUGUUGUGAUAGAGAUUUACGAGGUGGCACCAUCGCUUUUCAUGGUAGACGUUAGAAAGGCUGCUGGUGAAACUCUUGAAUAUCACAAGUUCUACAAGAAGUUAUGUGAGAAACUGGAAAACAUAAUAUGGAGAGCAACGGAAGGAAUGCCAAAGCCAGAGCUUUUCAGAACAAUCACGUUUUGACCAAGCAUCCUACUCUGAAUAACUUAUAACAUGGAAUGGAAUGGAGGUUGAAUAAAAUGUAGACUGGUAUUGAUAAAUGUGGUAAAUAUUCUUCAAGAGGAUCGGAAAAUUUGCUUUCCUAGAUGAUAUUACAGUGUUAUUUUCUCUUGUGGUAUGCUUUGGCCAUUGGAUCCGUCCAUUCUUUGUGUAUGCGCCAUACUUGUCAAUACUUAGUUCUGAAAAGAAAGAAAGAAAAAACAUGUUUGUGUUGGUUUGAUUGAAAGAAACUGUGAGACUCAUUGUGCGGUAAACUUUGUGUGAUUUGCAGUAUGAUUUGUUGAUUC